UCUACGCGCUCGACGACGGCAGCAACAUGCCGCUGCACCACCAGGUAAUCCACUCCCAACGAAGGCUUUGCUAUUUUUCAAUCGCUUCAUCCACAAUUACCGGCAACAAGUCGGCUUGAUUCCUCAACUACAAAAGGUCCAUAAUUUUGUAGCAGCCGCCAGAUAAGGAAGAUAGGCCAAUUAAGAGUGCUGAUAGACGAAUUUAGAGUCACAGUUCCUAUUGCAAAGUAGCGCGUAUGGUGUAGACUCCAUGUUUGCAUUAAUUCUCAGGAAAUAAAAACUUGAUAUACCCUGUUUCAUACACACAUAAAUGCACAACCUUGGUGAAUCUGAAGGGCACCAGGUUGCCCAUGUGUGCUUAGGAGCCAUUCACCUUUCUCAAACAGUUUACGCUCUAGAAAGUAUAUUGUUCUUGCCACUCUUCUAACUAUUUUCUGUUUUGGAUUUCUGAGCUCAGUUAUUUGGCAGCUAAAUAAUGGACCCAUUGCUUUUUGUUGCAGAAAUUGGAGGAAGAAGAUAGGCUCAGCAUGCUGACUGAUGAUAUUUUACUCUCUGUCUUGGGGAGAGUCAGUUUACAUAUGGCGGUCAGGACAGCCGUGCUUUCUACACGGUGGAGGCAUCUACCUUGGUUGCUGCCUGAAAUCAGCAUCGAUGUCGAGGAUUUCCUAUCUGUUCCAUGCACUGAACCUCUUGAGGCAAAUGAUAUGGAGGAAGCUAUGGUGUCUUUGACCAAAGCAACCAGGGGUUUCUUGGCUGAUCAGAAGAGAGGAUCCACCAUCUCAAGUCUGCACCUUAAGCUCUACUUGAUCAACGCUUUCUUGUGUGAAGUUGGCCCACUGGUAUGUGACGCGAUCGACAACGGUUUGCUGAAAGAUUUGGAUCUCACCGUUCUUGAUGAGACAGAUCCUUUGGACCGCAGUGACGAGGAUAUGCUGCAGCGAGCUCAAGAGAUCGAUACUUUCUUCCGUGCCUAUCCUAGUGUGCUCCACUGCCUCACAAAGCUCUCUCUGAAAAAUGCAGGUUUUGACAAAUUGGACAUGCACCAUGUCCUAUUUGACUGCUGCAAGCAACUGAAGCAUCUAAGCCUUUGUCAUUGUGAUACUGGCACUUACUCUGUCUUUAAGAUUGAUGCACCAAACUCAAAACUUUGUGUUCUAGACAUCGACAGGUGCCGCUUUGAGAGAAUCGAAUUGGCCUGCCUCCCGAAAUUGGAGACGUUCAUAUACACUACUUGGGUAUCUCAUCAUGUUCCAGUAACCUUUGGGUUUGUCCCAUCUCUCGGGGAAUUAGAACUCUCAUGUGGUAAAUUAUAUGAUCGAUUCCCAUUUAAAUUAAGUGAGCGGCUACAUGGCACAACAAGCAUACACAGUCUCACAUUGGACUUCGAAGGAGAAAAUCUUUGGUUGCAACCUGAGAUGGAGGAACUCUGCACCGCAUUCAACAAGCUAAAGAAGCUGUCCGUGUGUGGCGUGUUUGUGGAAUUUGAAAUUUUAUGGAUUACGGCCUUUCUCGUAGCAGCACCAUCUAUUGAAAAACUACAUAUUCAGGUAUGGAACCAUGCAUGUGAUGUGGGCGAGUUCAGAGGUGAUGCCUACCGUGACAGAAGCACUCCUCAGUGGGAAAUGCGCUUCAGUGGCUCCGAGAACAGGCUACUGAAAGAGCUAGAAAUCGAUGGCUUUAGAGCACUAGAACAACAGUUCAGAUUUAUAAGAUCCAUGUUGGAGCGCUCUCCCAUCUUGCAGAAGAUAAUUCUCAGAGGAGAUGACCAAUGCGACGACUGCAGACCUCUUGAUGCAUCACUCCUCCAUCCUUCGAAAUUUCCGCAGAAGGAUGAGGAAGAAAUGGUGGUUGAGAGGAUCAGAGACGGCAUAUUUUCGCCGGAGAUAAUUUUUGAUGAAGACCGGUCUCUGAGCAUCUGAUAUUUGUUUUUCAGAGUUGAAAUACAUACACUUGGCACAAACAUCUUAUUAUGCGAUACUUCUAGGUUGCGGAUUCUGUCUGAGUCUGAUAUUUGUUUGUACAAUAAUUUCGAUUGGUGUUUCGUCGGCGCGUUCAGUUCAGAAACUGGAGCUGUUGAUGUAUUUGAUUGUGAUCCUAGUUAUUUCGAUUAGUUA